AAAUUAAUGGUUCGAAUGUAUUUUUCUGUUUCAGACAAUAGCGUAUCCUCUGGACGGGAGGAAGCGACUGGCCCUUCCAACUGCCCCGUUUUGAGGAGUUGUUCUUCUCAGCCGUAUGGAGAGACGAAUCAGCUGGGAGGUGUGUUCGUGAACGGCCGGCCGCUACCCAACGUCAUCAGGCUGCGAAUCGUCGAAUUGGCCCAGCUCGGCAUCAGGCCGUGCGACAUUUCCAGGCAGCUCCGCGUCUCGCACGGCUGCGUAUCCAAGAUCCUCGCCAGAUUCAACGAGACGGGCUCGAUCCUGCCAGGGGCGAUUGGAGGCAGCAAGCCGAGGGUGACCACCCCCAAAGUGGUCGCUUUCAUCCGCCAGCUCAAGCUGAAAGAUCCCGGGAUAUUCGCGUGGGAAAUAAGAGACAGGCUUCUGGCCGAGGGCGUCUGUGAUAAGUUCAACGUGCCGUCCGUCAGCUCCAUCAGCCGCAUACUGAGAAACAAAUUGAACGGUUCCGCACAAGGGCAGAACCAUUCGAACAUGUACAACCCCAUCUACCCUUCUUACAAUUACAGUGGGGAGGGCUCUCAACCUACGGAAAAAUGGCGACCUCCUCAUCCGUCUCACACCGUGUCGGACUUCUUCAUCCCACCGUCAUUGCAGCAACAGAACCCCGUCCACAACUACAGUGCCCAGUACACCAGCACCGUUCAGUACACCACGAUGACGGCCAUGUACCAAGCUUGGCCGCCUCAAUAAUAUACGAGCUCGAAAAUUACGUCUAGGCGGAAAGUGACAAACUCCUAAACCUUGUCUUUAUCCUAACGGAUCAGUUUCACGUACGACGAUGGUCCCUGUUUUCUUGCCAAUAAGGCGACCCUACCCCAGGUAUUCAAUUCAAGCUUACCUGUAAGCUUUUAAGAUCGUGUCCCAUUUUCCUGCUACUGUUUGUAAGUAAUCGUUAUGUUAAGCUAGUCAUGACCAAAAUUAAUAUUAAUUGCGACCGGAAAGAAUUUAUAUACAUUCGAGAACGUGGCCUUUCUUUAGUAUUGCUAUAUUUUUAUUAUUUUCAUAAAUUAUAUUUAAACAAUAAUUGGACUAGUUAGUAUUUCUAAGUUAUGGGCAGUGGAAUAUAGGCUUCGAAUACAACCUGACUAAAUUGACUGAUAGAUUGAAUUCGUCAAAAACUAGCAGGAAAUGCGACUGGUUGUGUGUUAAAAAUAAGUCGAGAAAACAACCUAAAAGAAAUUGGUGUUCUCACGAUUUGUAUUGAAUUUGUAGCCCAUGAAGAUAGAGAUAUUAAAAAAAAAUUAGAAAUCUUAGUUAGAAAACUUGGAGUGUCAUGUUGAACAUUGAAGAUUCCGAAAUGGAGAUUUUAAACUGGCGCCAAGUAAAUCAGUGUUACCAACAAACGGGCCGAAACACUGCAUGGAGCAAACUGCUUCCGCGCUAAACACACGGAAUUUCGUACUAACCAUUAACACAAUUUUAAAAUUUGUGUUACUCUGACUUAAAAUUAGGUCAGAAAGUGUUAAUUUAUCAACUGGGUUUUAAAAAUUUAUCUACUAGACAAAUAUAUUAAUCCACGGUGAGGAUAGAGGUUAUAGAUUGGCGCCAAACAAAUCAGUGUUACCAAUAAAAUCAAGAAAUUACUCGCCAACCUUGAACAAAAUGCUUAAAGUUUGUGUUACUCCUAUCCAUCAUUGAACAGGGAUGGUUAAUAUACAUUAACCAACUCCAUAUAUAAACUGGGUAUUGUUUAAAUAUAUAAAAAUCGAUAAAAGAUGGAAUGGUAUGAAGAGUAAUUUUGAAGUUUCAAGAUCCCAAAAUGGAGAUUUUAGAUUGACGCUAAAUAAAUCCGUGGUGCCAACACACGGGCAGAAAAACUGCUGGGACAUCACUGCACCCGUCAUAAACUCAAGGAAUUUCUCGCUAACCUUAACAAAAUGCUUAAAGUUGGUGUUUCUCUAACUCGUCAUUAGGAAGAAGAGAUUAAUUUGUAAACUGGAUUUGAACAUUUUUACCAGCCGGGUUUAUAUAACAAUCGAUAGGAGAUGCAGUGAUGAUGAAGAGCUAUGUUCAAAAUUGAAGAUUCCAAGAUAGAAAUUUUGGAUUCGCGCCAAACAAAUCAGUGUUGCCAAUACACGGGCAGAAACAAUACAGGAGCAGCACUGCGCCCCCGAUAAACUAGCGUAAUCCCGUCGACAAUCGUUAUCAACAUUGCUAAAGUUGGUGUUUUUCAAAGCCAAUAUUGAACCUGAAACAAUUAAGAGUGCUAGGACUAUCCAAAGAAAACUAGUAGCCGUGAUUUUAGGUGCUGCCCAAAUUUAUCGCCGAUCUUCUAUUUACGACCUCAAUUGAAUUGUCCGUUAAGACAAAAGAAUAUUUAAUUUUACACUCGUGAAAAAAGAAACUUUUUAAAUUAUUAAAUUACAUUAUAAAAUUUGACAAGAAAAUCUAAAGCGUUUUGAAGUUUUCGCUUUUCGCCUUGACAUUUAUUUAUCUGUGAAUUGUUAUUAUAAGUAAAAACUUAUUUUAUUUCAAAACUAGUACCAAUUAGACCAACAUUCCAUUUGAUGGAAACAUUAUUGUUAAGGAGCUAAGAGCUGUGAACUCCUGAUGAAAAGUUAUUUUUGUUUGGAGUUAGAAUUUAUAGAUUUUUAUGCUUAAAUUAAAGUACUUACGUUAAGGUAUUAAGAAAAUUUUUGUGUGUGCAAUGUUUGCCAAAAAAAAGUGUAUAUGUAAUAUAAUGUUGUUACAUUCUUCUAGCGUUAGAAAGAUUUUAAUCUUAGACAUUAAAUCCGUUAAUAUUAAUAUGACAAUCAUAUUAAGUUUUGGGAACCUGUAUAAAAGAUGAUGAAGUCCAGUUGUUAUCGUGUAAUAGCUUGUAUUUAAUUGGCUAAUUGAUAAUUUCUAACUUGAAAAAAAAAACUGUUUUAUCUGUAAAUUUUCAUUGUUUUAAAUGAAUUUUAAUAUAAGUAUGAGUUCUUGAGAUUUCCCCAUGCUGCCUGUGGGAUGAUGAAUGUGAACUUUGGUCGUUACGGAUCCUUUUGGUCCGCCUAUCCUCCAAGAAGGAGAUUUUAUAUUGGCAUCAAAAAAAUCAGUGUUGCCAAUAUAUACUGGGCGAGACACUAGUAACAACACUUCGCCGCUUUUACAUUACAUGAUAAGCUAAACAAAAUAUGCUAACCUUAAACAAAAUUGAUUAAAUUAAUGUUGCUCUGAGUCAACUUUCGAAAAGAAAGGGUUAAUUUAUAAACUGGAUUUAAAAGAUUUUAUCUGCUACACAAAUAUAACAAACGAUACGAGAUGCUGUGUUGGUGAAGAGCCAUCCAUGGUGUUGACUGAAGAUUCCAAGAUGGAGAUUGAAUAUACAAAAUGGAGAUUGUAGAUUGGGGCAAAAAAAAUCAUGGUUACCAAUACACGGGCAAUACUGCAAGAACAACACUGCCCGCCUAUCCUUAGAAGAUUCCCGUUAACCUUAAACAUAAAUGAUAAAAUUGGCGUUGUUCUGAGGCAACUUUGAGCAAAAAAUGAUUAAUUUAUGAACUGGAGUUAAAAGAUUAUAUUUGCUAGACCAAUGUAACAACCAAUACGAGAUGCAGUGGUGAAGAGUUAUGUUGGAUACUGAAAAUUCCUAGAUGGAGAUUUUAGAUCGGCGCCAAAAAAUCAGUGUAACAAAUAUUCGGGCAGAAACACUGUAGGAACAAUACUGCGCCGGCCAUAAAUUGACAGAAUUUGCUGUUAACCUUACACAUAAUUGCUCUGAAGCAACUUUUAGCAAGAAAAGGUCAAUUAUAAACCUUUGAAAAUUUUGAUCAGCUAGAAAAACUAUAACAAUUAAUUCGAGAAUUACCUGCUGUUGAAGAGCCAUGUGGGGAUUGAAGAUUCCAAGUUCGAAUUUUACAUUCAGUGUUGCCAAUAAACGGGCAGAAAAAAUGUAGAGGCAACUCUGCGCCCGGACAAAUCCCACUAACGUUAAACGAAAUUGGUAAAGUUUGUGGUGCUCUGAGGAAUCAUUUGACAAGAAAGGGUUAAUUUAUAUACCGGAUUUGGAAAGUAGUCUAUAUUAAACAAAUAUAUCAAUUGAUAAGAGAUGAAAAGGCAAUGUUUGAGAUGAAUGAAGAUUCCAAGAUGGCGAAUUAGAAUUGGCACCACAUAAAUCAGUGUUACCAAUACAAGGGCCAAAAACACGCCCCCCUCAAUACGGGAUUUCGCACUAACCUUAAACAAAAUUCUAAAUUUGAUGUCGCUCAACUUAGGGCUAGAAAGAAUUAAACCGUUUUCUCUCUCGACCUAUGAGACCACAACAACGAAGAUGACGAAAUCAAGCCAUCAAGGAUAGGCAGGCCAAAAUGUCCUGUAACGACCUUUUUCAUAACAAUUUUUUUUCUCAAUACUACGUGGGUUUGAAAUUAGAAAUUCAGUCGAAUUACAUAGUGAGAAACUAGUUUACAAAAUGUUACUAUAUUUUGAAAAUGGUUAUAUACAAUAUAACUUAAGCGGAAAAAUAAAUAUUCUUUAUAAAAAUUUCUACUUUUAUAUUUAUUUUUAAAAACUCGUAAAAAACAAAAAACAUCAAGCAUGUUGAAAAUCUAAUGUCUGAGAGUGAGCAUAAAAAUUAUUAAAAUCACAAUUGUAAAUAAUAUCGUUUGUACAUAUGUAGCCAGGAAAUUAAUUUCUCGCCUUUUUGACUAUUGAUGUUAUAUAUUUUUAAAAGUCAUUUUUUUAUAACAAACAUAAGACUAAUGUUAUUGUAGACAAUUUAGCAGGAAAUUUGCCCUUUUAUUUUGUUGAACGGUGAAAUCCGUCCGUUUGAUGAGCUUUGGUUCAAACACCGAUGUUUAUAUAUAUAUAUUGAUCGAUAAAAUCAAAGACCAAAAAAAGGUCGUGUACGCCUGAUUGAUCACAAUAAAAACAUAUUUGCUUGAUUUUUGUUUCCCUGGAUGUUCUUUAC